AUGAAGCUUCUGAUCACUAUAAUUGAGUUUGGUGCAGGCCGCAUUGUUCUAAGGAACCAAACCGUAUCUCAGGGAGAUAGUGUGGCGGUCCAGUGUAUGGCUGUUGAAACCAAAACCCAGAGUGCUUUGAACAUGUACCUUUAUUUUAGUCCUGCUGAAAUCUUUUCAAGUGAUACUGAAGUGUGGGAUGGACAAACUCUGGAGCUGAGGUGUGCCAUUUUCCAAAAUAAUGACGACCACAGCGGUGAGCUACAUAUGUACCUCUGCAAGAACGGAGCUGGAAUCAAGAUGGAUGUGCUCACAGAUACACAAGAGACUAUCUUUGUGCUAGAGAAUGUCGACAAAGAUGAUUCUGGAAGCUACAGUUGUGUUUACUCAAAACACAGACAUCAACCUUGGAAAGUAACUGCUGUUGGUAACUCCAUCUUCAUCCAUGUCAAAGACUUUAGGCCUGCUGAAAUUUCUUCAACAUCUCUUGAAUUGUGGGAAGGGGCAACUCUGGAACUUAGGUGUGUCAUUCCCCUAAGAAAUGAGAGCUAUGCUGGAGAGCUACACAUGUACCUCUGCAAGAAUGGUGUUGGAAUCGGGAUAUCAAUGGUCUCAAAAGAGGCUGUUAUAUUCGAACUACCAAAUGUUCACAAGAAUGACAGCGGGAAUUACAGUUGUGUCUACUCAAAAACGAAACAUCCAGUCAAUGAAGUGACAACCACUGUAAACAACUUCAUAAUCAUCCAAGUCAAAGAUUUUGGUGUGGGUCAAAUUUGUAUUAGGAACCCUGUUGUAUCCGAGGGGGGCCGUGGGGAGUUUGACUGCAUUGUUUUGAGGACAGAACACCAGAAAACUUUGUUCAUGUAUCUUUGCAAGGAUGGAAUUGGAGUUCAUACAGAACCGGUUCAAGACAAUGGCACAGCACAUUUUACGGUCACACAAUUCACAAAGGAAGACUCAGGCCGUUACAGUUGUGUGUACUCAGUAAAGAGGCAUCCCUUUACAAGUGUGAGAGCAACAAAUGAAAAUGCAGCUAUCAUCUAUGUCACAGGUCCACCUGAGAUGGCUGUUCACCAGUGGUGGGUGAACGUCUUCCGGCUCUUGUACUCAGCUGGGGUGCUCAUAGCAGUGGUGGUUAUCGUGGCUUUUUCUCGUGGAACAAGGAAGAAUUUGGUGCAGGCCACAUUGCUUUGGGAAGACAAGAAGUAUCUCAGGGAGAUAACACAAACAGUGCAUGCUGGGUCCACAGACAUCAUCUGCAGUGAAGGAAUUCAUACCCAUGAUCAAAGCAUGGCUGAAUUACCAAGUUGUGGGAUGAGCAGCGGCGAUCCUACUCUGAUUUGCACCCCGCAUGACUCCCCCUCCAGGGGUAAUUGCCCCGUCGGCCCACCCCUUGAACCGCCCUUGGGCAUGAGGGAAUCUCAAGAUGCAACAUACAGCACUGUAAAUGUAAAACCUCACAAAGAUGAAAGGAAAUCUGAGCCUUGUACAAGGCAAACCCCAGAAAUGGCACAAGCAGAAGUGAUCUACAGUGACCUGAAACCAAAAGACAGAGGUGUGUGA